AUGUCUCUCAAGCCCAUCACCCUCUACAGCCACUCCAGCGGUCCCAACCCCUGGAAGGUGGUCAUGAUCUUCAAUGAACUCAACAUCCCCUUCGAGACCAAGUACCUCCAGUUUCCUGAGAUGAAGCAGGAGCCCUUCGAGAAGAUCAACAUCAACGGCCGUGUCCCCGCCAUCGAGGACCCCAACACCGGUAUCAUCCUGUGGGAGUCCGGCGCCAUCCUUGAAUACCUUGUCGAGACCUACGACAAGGAGAACAAGAUCAGCUUCGCUACUGGCACCCCCGAAUACUUUCAGGCCAAGCAGUGGCUGCACUACCAGAUGUCCGGCCAGGGCCCCUACUUCGGCCAGGCCGUGUGGUUCUCCAAGUACCAUCCCGAAAAGUUCCAGAGUGCCAUCGAUCGCUACAUUAACGAGAUUCGUCGCGUUUCGGGUGUGAUCAACCGUGCUCUCGAAGGAAAGGAGUACCUUGUUGGUGGAAAGUACUCAUAUGCCGAUGUCGCCUUUGUGCCAUGGUUCGAUCUCGUCUCGUGGAUUUCCCCCGCAAACCCGAUCGAUCUUGAGAAGGACUUCCCCAACCUCAAUGCCUGGUUGAACAGACUCAAGGCGAAACCAGCUGUGUCCAAGGCUUUGCAGGACAGAGCCGCUGCGAUUGCUGCUUCGCAGCACUAA